GGAAAACAAAAGCAAAACAAGAGAACGGUUACAUUCUUCCAGUUUUGCAAAGCAAAAUCUGGCAUUUUGCUUUGUACAGAUGUUGCAGCUAGAGGUUUAGAUAUUCCUCAAGUUGAUUGGAUUGUACAGUAUGACCCUCCUGAUGAUCCUAAGGAGUACAUACAUCGUGUUGGCAGAACUGCUCGUGGUGAAAAUAGAAAUGGGCAUGCCUUGCUUAUAUUGAGACCAGAAGAGUUGGGCUUCCUGAGGUAUCUUAAACAUGCCAAAGUUCCCCUGCAAGAGUAUGAUUUUUCAUGGAACAAAGUUGCAAAUGUCCAGAAUCAGUUAGAGAAAUUGGUCACAAAGAAUUACUUCUUGCAAGUUUCAGCAAGGGAAGCUUUUAAAGCAUAUGUUCGAGCAUAUAAGUCUCACCAUAUGAAAAAAGUUUAUGACAUCAACACUUUAGACCUUGCAGCAGUUGCAAAAUCAUUUGGUUUCCCUGUACCACCAUUUGUCAAGAAAGACAUUACCCCCGAGGGCCCCUU